AUGGUGUCGAACGAGCCGACCAUAUCAACGGGAGACAUCGAAAUUCUACGCUACGAUGAUCGCUACCGGGACCAAUCGAUGGAGGUGCUCCGAAAGUCUUUUUUCCUCAACGAAAUGGUGUGUAUUGGAGCGGAGGUAAACCUUACACCCCAGGCACAGAAGGAUCUUGAACAGCUUUGUCUGGAUGUAGCGGACGGUGGUGUGUCUAUGAUCGCAAAACACACAUCAACCGAUACGAUCGUUGGAGUUUCAUUCAAUGUGCUACAGACCCCGAGUGGACCGGAAGAUGCCAACUACUUUGAGCAGUUCCGCGACAACAAAUGUACGACCGACAGUUCCCGGGCCCUAAUGCAAUACAUGAUCACGAUGGACGCAAAGGUGAACCUGUUUGAACGAUUCAAUGUGAGCUGUUUGCUGGAGAUCAUGUUUCUUGCCACCCUGCCGAGCUGCGAGGGCCACGGUGUUGGUACACGGCUCGUUCGCGAAUCGGUGCGGUUGGCGGAACAACUAAAAAGUGGCAAAGCCGUACCAACCAAGGUAUCUGGUGAAUCUUCCGGAGCAUUCAAUAAGCCACAGCUUGUUUCAGCUUUAUUUACAUCGCGAAUCUCGCAACGUGUCGGUGAAAAGGUUGGCUUCACGGUUAUCAAUCAGGUGCCCCAUUCGGAGUUUGUUUACAAGGGUAAAACAUUUAGCGAUCGGAUUGGUCCUGAGCAUCCAUUUUCUACGCUGGUUGUGAAGCACAUAUGAUAGAUUGUUCGUGCGGAAAGUGAAAGUGCGAAACGGAA